UACAGAAGUCAGAAAAGUGAAAAAUCAGUCACUACAAGAAAGCUGCACAAAAGGAACCCAAAUGUUCAAGUGGGCCUGAAGGUUCAGUUAAAACCGUGUGAGUUAUGAAAACAAAGAUUUAGAAACCACUCUCAAAGUCAUUGCUUGUCUAAUAUUAAUCCAGUUGAGAUAGCUUUGGCAACACAGAUGCCAAUGUAAGAUGACCUCCUCUCUCUAGUAUGAUAGAAUAAGAGGAAAUGGCUUGAAAUUGUGCCAGGAAAGUAUCUGUUUCCUGCAAGAGUGGUCAGGCAUUGGAACAGACCACCCAGGACGCUUGUGCAGUCACCAUCCAUGGAGGCGUUCAAGAAAUGUGUGGACAUGGCACUCAGGGGCAUGGUUUAAUAGCUAUGAUGAUGUUAGGUCAGUGGUUGGACUCAAUGAUCUUGGAGUUUUUUUUCCCACUAAAACAAUUCUGUGAUUCUGUGAAAAGCUGCUGAGGCUCUGGAACCUGACUGUGCAGGGAGACAGUAAUCAGCUGAUAAAACCAUGAUGCGCUAAAACUGGGCGCCAGUAAUCUUGCUAGGGUGCUAUAUUUACUUAGUCUAUAUUGGUAGUGACCUGUAAGAGGUUUAAAGUGCCUCUUAGAGGCAGAGUUGGCGUUUGAGAGAGCAUUGCUGGGAAGCAAGAAUGAACAUUUGGCUGAAUAAAUGCUGAAAAAGGCGACUUGGUAUGUUCGACGCCAUGGGGGCUGCUGGAUCAGCAGAUGACAUCAAUGCUAUGGAAAUUCACCACUGGUACACAAAAUUUAUGAGGGAGUGCCCAUCUGGACAGCUUUGUCUGCAUGAAUUUAAACAUGUCCUGGAUCUACAUGGACUUACUCCAGAAGCUAACAACUAUGUUGAACAAGUAUUUUAUACAUUUGACAUGAAUAAGGAUGGAUUUAUAGACUUCUUGGAGUUCAUAGCUGCAAUAAAUUUGGUUAUACGAGGGAAAAUUGAUCAGAAAUUGAAAUGGUAUUUUAAGCUCUAUGAUGCUGAUGGAAAUGGAUGUAUUGACAAGAAAGAACUAUUAAGCAUAUUCACGGCUAUCCAGGCUAUUAAUGGCUACACAGACAUGUCUGCUGAAGAGUUCACAGACAUGAUAUUCAAGAAGAUAGAUGUCAACAAUGACGGGGAACUGACUUUAGAAGAAUUUAUCAAUGGUGUGGAAAAGCACGAGGACCUAAUGGAAUUGAUUACGAAAAGUUUUGACCUUUCCAACGUACUCAAAGUCAUACAGAAUGGCAGGAGACAUAGUAUCUGAAGGAACCAGUGGUGGAUAUCGUCUGUGUCAUCAUUUCAGAUGACAGAUUUCAGAGAGAUUGAUGUUGUCCAAGUCAGCCCAGGAGAUACCAAGCAGCCCGCUCCAGGAGUAACACUUUUCACUCUUGACUCUACUGCUCCUCUUCUUGUCUUUAUUCUUUCCCUUGUUAAUGACUGUGGCAGCCACAGACCAAAAACUUUUGCCUACAUACAAUUAACUUUUUGGGGGUGUCUAUGAACACCAUUCAGAGUAAUAAGUAAAGCAAUGAAAGUAUUGCAAGAUGCAACCUUUCUAGAAAACAUGGAGCUAAUCAAUUUCUUCUUUCAAGCACAAGCUCUUUAACCUGUUAUCUAACAUGUGGAUAUAAACUUCUAGGUAGGAUUGGAUUCUACCAGGACCAAUUAAGAAAGCAGCCUAGUUUGCAAUUAACAUUUGCUCUAAUCAGUACAUAAUAUUGAAGUAGGGUCUCUGGGAAAUACCUCAGUCAGUCUCGAUUCCCAAAAUGCAUCCUCCUGAAAAAGCUGACUACCAUUCUUGAUUUUAUUGCACCUGUACACUGAAAUGCUGUGAUGUUUUUCUUGAUUGUAUUAUAUCUGUAAAUUAAAACACUGUGAUGUUUUGACAGUUUGGGGCAGGGGUCAGCUGCUGCUCUUUCAAGUCAACCUUUUUCCAGAAGGGCUAGAACGAAAUUUUAUCUUUGUAGAGUAAAAUUAGAUGUUCAAAGAACAG